AUGAACUCCCCGGAGAAGUCUGCGGCUUGCGACAUCUACGAUCCCAAAUCGAUCCCGGACUAUGACCGAGAAUUUAUCGACCCUGAUGACUUGCGCCAAUUCGAGAAUGCGCUGAACGACAACGAAUCCAACUCCUUGGUAGCCCUCAACGACUGGCGACCUAUCUAUCAACGAGUUCGCAAGAAUCGCGGUCGCCGAAAGAAGCCUCGUCGAACCACCGAUGAAACGAGGGAAGGCGUCCUGUACACAGUCCUAAAAUGGCCAUUUCUCUUCAUUGUGUUUGGCUGGAUCACCGUCCUUGGCUUUGCCUACGCAUUGACUCGCUUUUAUAUUGUAUUAUAUGAGCGAUGGGUCUCCUGGAGGGGCAAGAAGGAAUCUCUCAGGCGGGAACUCUGGAAGCAGACAGAUUACAACAAUUGGUUGAAAGCCGCCCAAGCGCUCGACAAUCACUUGGGAAACCAACAGUGGAAGGAGAUCGAUGAAUAUGCGUACUAUGAUCAUCUUACUAUCAACAAACUGGUCAAUCAGUUAAGAAAGGCGCGGACAGAUGUCGAACUGCAGAUGCGGAAUGGAGUUUCUAGCUCGACCGUGAUCCCCGCGACUGAGGAACUAUGUGCGCUGCUGGAGGGCUGUGUCAAGAACAACUUCGCAGGGGUGGAAAAUCCUCGACUCUAUAGUGAAACAUAUUCUGGAACUAAGAACCUUGUGCAAGAGUAUAUUGACGAAGUGGAGAAGUGCAUCCAGGUGGUAUCGAACAACAAAUGGGUCAGCAAUGAAGACAAGUAUCACCAUUUCAAGCAUCUAGAUACCAAUUUUGGACGGACUGCCCUUUGCUUAUCUGGAGGCGCUACUUUUGCUUACUAUCAUUUCGGCGUGGCUAGAGCAUUGCUGGAUAAUGGAGUCCUGCCUGAAAUCAUAACGGGAACGUCGGGCGGAGCUUUGGUUGCUGCGUUAAUCGCGACCAGGACCGAUGAAGAAUUGAAACAACUCCUUGUCCCUGCUCUGGCACAUCGUAUACGGGCGAGCAGUGAAGGCAUGGCCUCAUGGAUUUGGCGUUGGUGGCGGACAGGAGCUCGGUUUGACACUAUUACAUGGGCUCGUGAGUGCAGUUGGUUCUGCAGAGGCUCCACUACCUUCAAAGAGGCAUAUGAACGGACAGGACGUAUAUUGAACGUUUCGUGUGUGCCGUCCGACCCUCAUUCUCCUACAAUCUUGGCCAAUUACCUGACUUCUCCAAAUUGCGUCAUUUGGAGCGCCGUGCUGGCCUCAGCCGCGGUCCCUGGUAUACUCAAUCCCGUUGUUCUUAUGACCAAGAAGCGCGACGGUACACUCGCUCCAUACUCCUUCGGACAUAAGUGGAAAGACGGUAGCUUGCGCACCGAUAUCCCUAUUAGAGCGUUAAACCUCCAUUUUAAUGUCAACUUCCCUAUUGUUUCACAGGUGAACCCUCAUAUCAAUCUCUUUUUCUUCAGCUCUCGAGGAUCCGUUGGUCGCCCGGUUACACAUCGCAGAGGCCGAGGGUGGCGCGGCGGUUUCUUGGGGUCUGCUAUAGAACAGUAUAUUAAGCUGGAUUUGAAUAAAUGGCUUAGAGUCCUGCGACACUUAGAACUGUUACCACGACCACUGGGCCAAGAUUGGAGCGAGAUUUGGCUGCAAAAAUUCAGUGGGACCAUAACAAUCUGGCCAAAAACCAUCCCGUCCGAUUUCUACUAUAUCCUUUCGGACCCUACCCCCGAGCGAUUGGCACGCAUGCUUAACGUGGGCCAGCAGAGCGCCUUUCCCAUGAUACAAUUCAUCAAGAACCGGCUCAAGAUCGAGAAUGCGAUCUUAAAGGGGCUACACCAAUACUCCCCCGCGGUGUCACCGGCGCAGUCCCGUCGGAAACGCGGUCAUGCCGGCAAGCCUUCGGAUCCGAUGGUAGAACGUCUUGACCAUAAUCUCCCCGAUCGUCAGCCCGACAACAAAGAGGAUUUAUCCGAUAGCUCGGGUAUUGACUCCAAUGUGUCAUCUCGGGAUUCUUGUCUACAACCGUCGAGUAACCGACGCAACCGACGGAGAAGCACAGGCAACAUUUUCCAGGAGAUGCGCCGACAGUCAGCUGUCUUCUUCGAUGAUUCGGAUCUAUACGCGGAGGAUGACAAGAAGGUCGAGUGA